AUGGCUGGCCGGCGCAAGGUUCUUCGGGACCUGCGCCGCAGAAAGGAUGAAGCCGACAACAACUUCAUGAACAUGUUGCGCCCAAUCCUUGUCAAGGGUCGACGUGGUCUACCUGCAACAUCCGACCAAAUGUUGGAGACACGAUUUGCCGAGAUGCAGGCACUUCGAACGGAAUACCACACUAUCGAAGUUGACUACGAGGAACUCGAGGUGUCGCUAGACGAAGAAGAGGAAGGCCUCAACAAUACUGAGACACGCUUUUUCAGUCUUUUGGCCGCUGGCAGCAAGAGACAACCCCGGCCAAGGAUGCGAGAUGACGAUUUCGAAGAUGACGAAUCUGAAGAACAGCCGGAUAUACCAUAUGAACUCACCGGUAUUUCCCGCCACGGGCCUUCCGACGAUGCCCAUCCGCUUUGGCAAGACCUUGUGUCUGCCAUUGGAGACUUGAAUAACGCCAAAGAAGAGCACGACGAUCUUCUGUUGUAUCACAGGCAAUACACAUACAGUAUGGACGUUAAGAAAUCGACCGGGAUGAAGCCUAGCGCGGAAGAAGUCGAAUUUAUGGACGAAUAUCCGGAAGAAGAGCGCGAGAAGCGUGAGGACAUGGACCGGCUGGCACAAGAGGUCUCCAGACUGAAGCAGAUUUGUGAAGAAAAUGGUGCAAUGAAAAAGCAUCCGUCCUUCGAAAUCGCACACGCCCUCGACCCCAACAUCGGCGAAGACAUGGCGCUCGACAACACGCCUCCAAGAUCUGGAUCUCUGGCCCAUGGUCGUUUUGCCGAACUCUUGUCUCGUCCGGAUCAUGUACUUCGGCCGGAGCCGGUGACUGCCAUUGAGGAGGUGAGGCGCGCUGCGAAGAUCCACGCGGCGGACCCGGCUACGCUGCCGCAGCUUCGGGCGGCCCAGAAGGAGCUGGGCAUUUCUAGGCUGAUUAGCGAGUUCAAGGCAGAGGAUAAAUCGGAUCUUAUCACGCGGUGGCUUCUGCAGCAGCUGCGUACUUCGCCGAUUGCUGUUGAACUUCUUUAUUCAACUUUUAUACACACUCUUCGACUCAGGAUUGGCAACGUACACAAGUGGCAGCAAGACGUUUUGUACCACUGGUGGAGAGACGGUGCCGUCAAAUCGCCGGAGGAGUUUUGUGGUCCGCUUACAGGGAGUGGGAUGGUGUCUCCAGGGCGCGAGGCUUCGCCGGAACACACGUCUCUUCCUCCGGAGCGCGAGGUGCGCAUUUCCGCACCAUCGAGAGCGGCGACGGAAGAUUGGUCGAGCGGCAAUCGUCGCAUAUACCCCGAGGAAGCGAGCCGGUCGACUGAAGUUUAUUGA